GUUGAAACUAGCAUCGAUUCCCAUCGACCUGGUCGGCAGCCCUUUAUGGAGGGUCCGUGAAGUGUUUGCCUGCACUUAGCCACGAGAUCUGUGUUUUGAACUACUCAGCUACUGAGGGAUCGGCGCUGAGGGAAUGACUGCAUUGGCCAGGCCCGCUGUCGUUCCAACUGUCCAACCAGUUCAUCAUGACAGUGACCGCUGAGCUGCUGCUGCUGCGGCUGCGCCGGUAGGCCGCCCUUGUCGGCGGCAGAGACAGAACGCAGCGGGCUUUAUUUAACCAAGCCUCCGUCUAGAAUUUUGCAAUACUUCGGUCCGAGGCCUGUAACGAAUCGGAUCUCUGCCGUCUGCGACAGGUUAGCUCUGCUCAGCCCGGCUCUGAAAUUUCACGUUCUUUUUAAGAGCGGCACGAGCGUGUGAUAAAAUUUGGAUCGCGAAUUGAAAAACAACAAAAUAUCUUAAGUCGCACUCAAGUGGUUUUUAAUUGACGCCUUGUCGUGAAUUGUCAUCGCGUUUUUGGCUAAAGACAGUGCGGUUUAUGGGAUCGUUAAGGGGAAUGCAUAUAUUAGGCCGGUGGCUGUGGCUGCUGCUCCUCGGCGCUGUGGGAAUCUUUUCCCCCUGUUUUGCUGUUUUAGUUGAUGCGUCAAUUCAAUUGUUUGGUUAUGCACCUGGAAAGUGCGAGAUAUCCAUUGCGGGUGUGAUCCAGGAUAUGCUCAACACGGAGGCCCGCAUCAUCCUCGGAACACCUCGUCCGUCGCAAACAAAGCUGCUUCGGUACGAUCUCUAUACUCCCCUUAAUCCCGAGGAGCGUCAGUUGCUGCGACCAGGAGAUCUAAACCUGCUAAGGAACUCACACUUUAAUCCCAAGUGGCCAGUGAGGGUUUCCAUUCACGGAUGGGCGGGUAAAAGUAUCUCCUGCUCGAAUGCCGCCAUCAAGGAUGCCUACCUAUCCCGGGGCAAUUUCAAUGUCAUAAUCCUGGACUGGAGUCGCCAGGCCUCGGACAUCAGCUAUCCCCGUGUGUCCAAGCAGCUGCCAUCGAUAGCUGCCAAUGUGGCCAAGAUGCUGCGCUUUCUGCACGACAACACUGGGGUUCCUUACGAGCAAAUCUACUUGGUGGGUCACAGUGCAGGGAGUCACAUCUCCGGGUUGACAGGAAAGAUGUUGAGGCCACAACGAUUGGGUGCCAUUUUCGCAUUGGAUCCUGCCGGCCUCACUCAGCUCAGCCUGGGACCCGAGGAUCGGCUGGAUGUCAAUGAUGCCCUGUAUGUGGAGUCGCUCCACACGGAUCUAACGCUGCUCGGGAAUCCGAGCACCAAGCUCAGUCACGCCUCCUUUUUCGCCAACUGGGGACUGGGACAGCCACAUUGUCCAAACGCCACGGCCACGGAGUUUGACUUUGUGUGCGACCACUUCGCGGCCAUGUUCUACUUUGCCGAGUCAGUGCGUCAGCCCAGAUCUUUUGCCGCCUUGCGCUGCAGUUCGGCGCAAUCGGUGCGCUCGGCCACCUGCAAUUGCAACAACAACAGCGGUGGGGGUAGAGGAAAAAAUGCAGUUCAGACAUGCACCGGCAACGAGUUCAUGGGCGGUGAGCCGGCUGUGCCCAAGAGGGGUAUCUUCUAUCUGAGCACACGGCCACAGUCGCCAUAUGGCUCCAACGAUGGCCUGGUCCACAUCCGACGACCACGGCCGUCCACAGUUCGGGAGACGGCCAGCCGGCGGCCAUUUGGAUAGGUGUAGAUCCAAAGCGAGCGAAGCGAAUUUGCGACAGACCAAAAAGAGAUUUUUAUACACUACAUAUUUAAGCCUAGACUUAGCCAAGAGCCAAUCCGCCCAAAGAAUGCGAAUAAAGCAAACAUUAUUUUACAAUUAAAAA